UAUCCCUAGAGGCAAUAACAUACAAACACGAACUCCUAAAAUAUUGGUUCAGAACUUCAGUUGUGAAUACAAACUAGUGAACAUGGUGAAGAAAUGAAUAAAUGGCAACUAACACAGCAAGAGUUAUUUUACUAACUGGUGUGCCAGGUGUAGGGAAAACAACACUUAUCAAAGAAAUAUGUAAAGUUUUAAAGACUAAGUCAGUUAAUGUGCAGGGGUUUUAUACCCAGGAAGUCAGGGAACGGGGACAAAGGACAGGUUUUAGUGUUAUAACACUGGAUGGUGAGCAGGCUCCUUUAGCAACAGUACAGCCUAGUAGUGAUAUACCAAGUGGCAGACAAUACACUGUUGGAAAGUACAAUGUUUGUUUACAGUCUUUUGAAAACACAGCCUUACCUACACUGCAAGUUAAGGAUAAACAGAACAGAGUCAUUAUCAUAGAUGAGAUUGGAAAAAUGGAAUUAUUUAGUCAGAGUUUUAUCAGACAUGUCAAACAUAUCUUGGAUACAAAAUGUUUAACUGUCAUAGCGACAAUUCCUGUACCAAAAGGGAGACCACUGCAGCUGGUAGAGGAGGUUAGAGGAAGACCAGAUGCACAUGUUUUUACAAUAACAAGGGAAAAUAGAGACAAUAUUUUAGCAGAUAUAUCAUCUUCCGUGAUGCUGUCAUUAAAGGAUAAUAUCUGAUUAG